GGCUCGUCAUCUCCGUCUCGUUAGUCGGCCGCAAAGCCUAAACGUCGAACGUAUUAACGCGUGCAACGCACUCACCGGUCGCGCGCGCGAUAGACGGCAAGUUUGAAAAAGAUUCGUACGGUUCUACGUCGACGUUCGCAGACACAUCGCGGUGAAAAGAAAAGUAGCGCACCGAAAUUUCGUCGUCCGUCAUAGUGCACGUAUACGCACAAACGGUCCGGACGAGUUGUGAUUUCGAUUUGUUUUCCGUAAACUCGGUGGAUUCGCGUGUUUCCCGUUAGAUUUCCCGUUCGCCGUUACUCGUUUUUCGCAGCGGUCCGCGCACCACGCGAUCUCUCACCGUCUCACCGCGUAACUGCGCGCGUCCGCGCCGUGCGUCGCGUUCACACAAUGCUGCAGUCGUCGCGCUGCAGCAUACGCGAUUGAGUCGAAUGAAUGCGCAACAGCUGCAGUGAUGUUGAUCGGCAGCGGCACCGGCAACUUCGGGACCUUCAACGUGGACCAUCCGGGCAGCGGCGGCGGCGGCGUCGGGCUGCUGCAGGGAUCGCCUCAUCAUGCGAGUACGGCCAGCCAACCCCCGCAACACUCGCCGCCCGGUUCGUCGUCCGGAGGCGCGUCCGGCGGCAUAGGCAGCGGCGGUAGCGGUGCGAGCAUGACGCCGCUGUUGCCGUCGUUCGGGUUCACGCAGGAGCAGGUGGCUUGCGUGUGCGAAGUGCUCCAGCAGUCCGGUAACAUCGAGCGGCUGGGCCGGUUUCUGUGGUCGUUGCCCAGCUGCGACAAGCUGCACAAGCACGAAAGCGUGCUCAAGGCCAAGGCGAUCGUGGCGUUCCACCGGGGCAACUUCAAGGAGCUGUACCGGCUGCUGGAGAGCAACCAAUUCUCCGCGCACAACCACCCCAAGCUCCAGGCGCUCUGGCUGAAGGCGCACUACGUGGAGGCCGAGAAGCUCCGCGGCCGUCCGCUAGGCGCCGUCGGCAAGUACCGCGUGCGCCGCAAGUUCCCGCUACCCCGGACCAUAUGGGACGGUGAGGAGACCAGCUACUGCUUCAAGGAAAAGUCCAGAAUGGUGCUGCGCGAGUGGUAUGCCAGCAACCCUUACCCUAGCCCUCGGGAAAAGCGCGAGUUGGCCGAAGCCACCGGACUCACCACUACUCAGGUGUCCAACUGGUUCAAGAACCGUAGGCAAAGGGACCGGGCGGCUGAGCAAAAAGACGGAAUGUCUGGUAGUCGGAGCCCCACAGGUAUGGGUGAUGGAUGCGAGAAGAUGGUCGGUCCCCCGUCAAAUUUGGACUCCAGUUCGUCCGAAUCGAUCGACGGUGACAUCAAAUCACACAUACAUCUACUGCACAAGCCCAGCGCGAUAUCGUUCGGGCACUCCAUGAUCACCAGUCAGGACCAUUUGUCCAACCACGAGAUGAUGUUCGGUGGCACAGGAGAAAUCAAACCGUCCAUGUCCGGCGGCGGCGGCGGCGGUGGCAGUGGCGGUGGCGGUGUGUCAAUGAUGGCCAAUUCGGCGGCCGCGGCAGCGGCAUACCAUCAUCAGUCCCAGCUCAUCAGCAGCGGCGGCGUAGUCGGUGGAUUCGGAUCGCCCAUCGGCAGUCGCCCCUUGAUCACCACUGGCGGCAUUGGCAACGGUGACCACCACCAUCACUUACAACAGAUCGCCUCCGGUCAUCCCGCUGACCCUUCGCUGCUUCACGACUAUCAUUCCUUAUGACAGUGGGUGUCUGGCUACAACGGUGGCCAGCAAUAAUAACACACGUACACACACAAAUACAAGUGCAAAUAUACGUACACACACAAACACACAUACACACGUGCAUAUACAAACAUACUAACGUACACACACGCACAUGCUCGGAAGAAAAAAAAUGGCGGUUGGUUAGACAUUUAAGUAAUUAUAUACAUAAAAUGUACAUUUUUUUCUAUUUAAAUCGUUUAAAUCUGAUAAAACAACGUUUAACCUGUAGAAAACGGUCAACAGAAAUAGCUUACACUAUUUUAUUAUAUGUAUUCGGUAAUUACGUACCGUAUUGCUCCGCAAGUGCAUAAUAUAUAUAAUGAUCCAUCUUGAUAUGUUGUUAAACGCAGCGAUGGUGAAUCUUUAUGUAAGCUCAUGCGUAAUUUCACUGACACGUUGAUUUAAAUAUAAUUCAUGAUUAUAUUACACCUUGUAAACGAAAAAAAAAAUAAAGAAUAAUUACUGAUGAUCACACUGACACGCCUUUUUCGGUAAAAAUUCAAAUAUUUUUUUACACAGACAAGUUUCGCUACCCCUGGCAUAAAUCGUUUAUUUGUAAAGGUUUAUAUUAUAUUAUCACGAGUGAUAUGUUGAAAUUGUACAUAGUAACAAACAUUAAAUAAGUUAGUCGACCCAGACGUAUUAUUGUAUUAGUCGACCUCAAGCAGUUGGCUGCACUCCGCAAGAAUUGUAGUACAGUUCGUGCAGUUCGGGCACUGCAGUUGAGUGCAUCAUCCGUAUAAUGCAAUAAAAUAAACAACGCAGUAAUAUACACACAGUUUGUUUUGUAAAUACCAUUAUUAUUAUGUAUUAUUAUUAUUAUUAUUGUUAAUGUACGCUCCUUCAACAAUAGUCACUUCCUUAGUCACUUACACAUUAAUGGUACGGUUAUAAUUCAAACUUUUUCAGUUUAUAAUAUACU